GGCAUUUCCGCAGCAAGAUGCCAGGCCUCAUCAGCCGAGAGAACAGCCAGAACCUGCUGCUAAGUUCAUCUGAAGUCACGUCCUGCAUGACGGGCUACACCCUGGGGAUGUCGGCGUCGCUGGCUUACACCAACAUGGAGGACCACCCUGUCGAAGGACUUUUCAUCUACCCCGUGGAUGAGUACACCACAGUGGUUGGAUUUGAAGCUACAGUUUCUGGUCGCAUUAUAACGCUGCAAAUAAAGGACAAGGCCAAACUGGACGAUUGCUAUUUUGACUGCAGUAAUAUGUCAUCCGGAACCUUCCAGAAUGGUCAUGGUUGCUUGAUGCUGGACGAGGAUCUGGAGAGGACUGUAUUCGCAGUGAGUCUGGGGCCGAUCGCUCCACUCGAAACAGUGGUCAUCCUGAUUAGCACCUCCCUGGAACUACAGACUCUGCCAAAUGGCACCAUCAGGCUGGUACUCCCAUCGGUCUACGUACCCAACUUGGUUACUCUUGGCUCCGACUCACAAACCACAGCUGACAACCAGCUCAGAAGGAAAGACAAACAACAGUGCUGCUCCCUCCACCAACACCACAAGGAGAGUGGGACCCAGUUCUGCUUGGCAAAGCACAUGGAUGCCGAGGUCACCAAUGCGAUCGUGUAUGACUUCAGUUUCCACCUUGAAAUCCGGACACCUUGCUUGCUGGCAGGUGUCGAGAGUCCAACGCACUCAAUCCGAGCUGACGCCGAUCCCUCAGCGCUCUGUGCUUCCAGCAUAACCAUCACGUUGGCGGAGAAACACACCUUCGACAAGCCCGUGGAAAUCAUCAUCCACCCCAGCGAGCCGCAUGUGCCUCAUAUCGUGAUGGAGAGUGGAGAUAUGUCAUCGGAUGAAUAUGAGCAACAUCUGAAAGGAAGAAGCGAUUUCAUCAAAGGAACCAAAAAGGACACAAGCUCAGAGAAAAAGAACGAGAUUAUUAGAAAACGCCUCCACAAGGACAUUGGACACCACCCUGUCAUCAUGCUGAACUUCUGCCCUGACUUGAAGACGGCCCACCCCGACCUCAGGAUGGCUCAGGGAGAGUUCAUUUUCCUCAUCGACCGCAGCGGGAGCAUGAGUGGGACGAACAUUAAUCGAGUCAAGGAAGCCAUGCUGGUUAUCCUGAAGAGUCUGGUGCCCUCGUGUCUAUUUAAUAUAAUUGGAUUUGGCUCCACGUUUCGGACCUUGUUUCCGGCCAGCAGGUCUUACAACGAGGAGACACUGACAGCGGCCUGCGACUACAUAAGGAGACUCAGGGCCGACAUGGGAUCAACAAACAUGCUGUCACCGCUGGGAUGGAUCUUCCAACAGCCAGUUCACCGCGGCCACCCCCGCCUGCUCUUCCUCCUGACCGACGGAACCGUCAGCAACGCGGGGAAAGUGAUCGACCUCGUACGCUGCCAUGCGCAAACCAGCAGGUGCUACAGUUUUGGCCUCGGACAGAACGCCUCCAGAAGACUGGUCCUCGGACUGGCCUCUGCUUCCAAAGGAGCAGCUGAGUUUCUCGACGAAGGAGAAAGAUUGCAACCUAAGAUGGUGAACUCGCUGAAGAAGGCAAUGGCACCUUUCCUCAGUGACGUUACAGUUGAUUGGUUCUUCCCUGUCACGACCGAGGUGCUUCCUUCUCCAAUCGGAACGACCUACCUGUUCCCUGGAGAUAGAUUAGUAGAAUAUUGCAUUGUAUAUGACACUUCAAGGUAUCACUCAAGCCUCAAGUCAAAUAAAGAGUGGAGGUGCAGCCUGACCUGGUCUCAGCAGUCCAGCAGCUCAGUUUUUUACCACUCGCAAGAGGAGGAUCCGGAGAACUGGAGAGGGUGCCGAGACCCUGCCAUGGAACCUGCCCCCAUGAACGAAGACCCUGAGACGGAAGGUGUUGAUACACAGACUCCUCCCAGAAGACGAGCUUUCAGCAGCAAUUGCAUUGGUAGACAGCAUGUCGCAAAGAGAGUGUACACCCCCAGCGAUCCAGGGUCUGCCUUCAAUAAAAACCCUCUUCGUAGAGCACGGGCUCAGCAGCUUGUGGGCGGGAGCAGCCCAGAACAUCUCUCUCCAUCUCCAGGGGAGUUCCAGAGAGAUGGAGCCAACUGGUGCGUGAACGCCGCUGGGUCGGGACUUGCUGGGAAAGUAAGGCCAUCCUUGCUGCAUCAGAACUGCAUGUCCACUAGCCAGGACUCGGAGCUAGCGCAGGGUCAGCGCGGCGUGCACCAGUCACCCGUGGCGAAGAGCGGGGCGCCUGGCGGGGAGAGCCUCACCUCCAGGUCAUCGACGGAGACCACGUCCAUCAGCAGCUGCACAGAACCUGGAUGUUUUCACCAUCGAUCGUCGACUCUUGAGGACGAAUCAUGCUUUGAGUUCCCGGAGCAGUCUCUGAGUUGCACCACGGGCAGCCAACAGCACAGGCUCGACUGCAGGGCAGUCAUUUCUGGGUUGCUCUGCGGAAAGAUCACUCAGUGGGAAGUCACGUUCGAUCUUCAGUCCCUUCUUUACCACAGAGCAAACUGCAAGACGCAGCAGGAAGAUGUGUGGAAUGAGACGAUCCACCAACUGGCAGCCAGGUCCCUCAUUCGAGACUUUGAGCAAAUGGCGGAGAAGGAGCACGAGAUAGAAUAUGGUUCUGGAAGGAGACACCAGUUGAAUGCGAUUCAAACCAGCAGAGCAUGUAAUAUCAUCAGCAAGUACACAGCUUUUGUCCCUGUGUACGUUGACAACAAAGAAUACCUGCCGAACAUCAUAGAGUAUGCAAAUUCAGCUGUGGGAUCAAAGCUGAGCAACUACAGGAGGUCACAUUCAGGAAGCCGGAGGCACCGAGGUUAUUCCGCUGGACUUGGUCACUCACAGUCCGAAUACGGAUCUGAUGGAGCAGAAGAUGCCCUAUCCAUUCCCACCAUAGAGGAUGGCAAGCAAUCACCCUGCACGUCCCCUUCAUCCUCAGGGUGGGAGAGAUGCACAGAAGGUUCACUGAAAAGUCCUUUGAUUUCAUCGCAGCGAUCCAUUGAGAGCCUGUUCACUGCAAGACUGAGUUUUAACAAAGCUCGAAUGUUGUCGCUGGCAACCAAAGGAUUCAUGUGCCGGUCACCGAGCAAGAUGAGUGAAUCCGUCUGCGAGCCAGAGAUUGAGAACAAUGACUACACGCCUCUGGUUAACCUGCAGUUGGCAUCUGGUGCCUUCUUGCUCAGCCCGGCCUUUUGUGAAGCCAUUAACAUCCCAAUGGAGCAGCUGAAGUGGACCUCCCCCUUCAUGUGCCACCGAUCCAGUGUCAGUCCCACCUCACACACUCAUUCCGGAAGCUUCACCAACAGGAGGGCCGCCCAAGAGAUUGAAGCCGCCGAGCCCGGCCACCGGCUGGAAGCUGGGAGCGCGGGAAUGCUUGGUUCCUCGGGAACGGACAGGGCCGGAGAGGAAUCCAAACGGUUAAGAUCGCGCCACUUCUCCAGCAGUCUGGUGGAAAUCCAGUCGAGCGAGAGCAGCGGCGGCUGCGAGCUGCUCCCUCCGGCCAUCACCGUGCGCCGAUCGUCCUCUCCGGGAAACCCCCAGGCUUCCAGCGCCCCGCAGGCCGACAGAGGGCCGGAGGUGGGCAGCGGUGACGGAUCAUUGCUGGCGGCCCCGAGCGAGCACCAGCCGGCGGCAGAUGCCGAGGGAACCGUCUGGUCGACGGUGGUGGCCCUGGCCUGGCUAGAGCACCAGUCAGCUGCUUACUUCAUCGAGUGGGAGCUGGUCGCUGCCAAGGCCUGCAUGUGGCUCGAAGGCCAGCAGAUACCAGAGGCACGCGAGCUCGCCUCAGUCAAGGCCUCGGCAAGGCAGCUCUUCGUGCUGCUCAGACACUGGGAUGAAAACCUCCAGCUGAACAUGUUGUGCUAUAACCCAAACAGUGUUUAAAGCCUUUGCCUCAGAGUCACCAGGCAGCUGGGAUGUUGACGUUUCUCCGCAAAGCAACUCUUGAAAAGUUAGGAAUUAAAGUUCCCAACCCCAGUUGGGACUACAGGGGUGACCUGGACUGAGCAUAUCGGGUCUAUUUUCAAACGACAUAGCUCGCUUUACUGACCAUUUCUUUGUGAAAUAGUUAUUGAUCAGUGGUUGAAACCUGUGUCCUGAUCGAAUGCAUCUUCAGCUGAUUCUAAGAGUAACCACUUCCUUGUUUUUACCCUUUGCAUGCCAGAGAUGCCCUUGGGGUUUGUGGGUGCGUGUUGGUUGGAAUAUUGUCCCCCUGUCUUUGGGCAGCUCUUCCUAGCUUGGUACGUCGAUGUAUUCUGGCCAUUGUGAUUUUUGGUUGGCUGGGAUAAAUUUUAAUGUUUUGUUACCUAAUGAAAGGGCAGCUUCAAUAAAUGUGUUCCCACUUCUCAAAAUAGGAGGCAAGGAUGAAGAAGUGUUUUUAAAGAUAGUGGGGAAACCGGCACGGUGAAAGUGCCCACUUUCAAGGAGAGUUAGAUGAGGCAGUGCAGACAAUUUAAACCCUGUUGAUUCCCACAGAUGGAGCAGCAUAACUUAAUCUCCAACAACUCAAAACCAAUCCCAUGAGAUACAAGUACUCAACCUAUCUAUUUAAUAUAUUUGCCAUUUCAGAUGGUUGCAUCUAGGGAUGUCAGGGUGGUGCAGCGGUAGAGUUUGUGCCUCACAGCGCCAG